CAAAAUCUGACAAACUUGAACGCAAGUUGGAGUCUACUUCACACUGCCAGAGUCUUGUUUUCACGACACCAUACAAUACGGUGUUCUCUGACUUUCGGCUGGCUAUGGCCCAUGGCGCAAUCUGAGGGCCCGACUCCCUCUUCCUCACAGUUAAAUACCUGCAGAGAUGAGAGAGAAGACACGACGCUCCGUGCCACCUUGGCCGCUCAGAGAGAUGCCUCUGCGUUCUUCGAAAAGUAUGACAGGAGAGAGCUCCAGGAGUUACUGGCCCUCACAACUGGCAACUGGUUGAUGGGCGGCGACGAUUUCACUCUGCCAGUGGAAUUGCCUCCUGGUAUCAUAAAACAAAUGAAACCCUUUAGUCAGUCCAACAUAGUCAUUCUGGCUCCUUACGACUCCAGUGCACCACUUGAUUACAAAGUCGUCCAUCAAAUAAUCAGGGAACUCACAGUUGGAAUAUACUGUUUCAAUCAAGUGCCAAUCAUCAAUCUUCAACCCAAUUACGAGAAGAGCACAACUUGUCAGUUGACACCAGGUUAUUUUGACACUAAAGUGGGCCAGAUUUUAAUAAACAUAGACUACACAAUCAAGGCCCUGUGGCAUGGUGCAGCGAUUCCCAAAGAGAAGCGGGUCCUGUUUUCUGAGCUGUGGAGAUCCAGCAUGGGGGUGGAUUACAAUGGAGUGCCCCAAACCAAGAAGAACAUACUGGCAGAGUUUCUUAAUGCAGGUUUAGUAGACGUCUCCAAAGACCCUGCCUACCGAGGCAUCUACGAGGACGGCCAGCCGGACCCAGCUUACGACCCCCACCGUCCCGAGGAGCAGAGGCUAUUCCAGCAGCACACGGACAGCAUGCUCCUGAAGCUCACCUCCUACCUGAGCUCCUCCCGGCAGCAGGGGAACCUCUUCACCUUCCAGAGUGCCCACAGCCUGGACAGCGUGCUGCGGCUCACCGAGGACAAGCUGGAGCUGCCCACCUACCAGAGGCUCAAGCAGAGGCUGGCCCGCCAGGUUCAGGUGGUGAGGGAGGCCCUGGUGCGGAGGGCGGAGGUGCGUGCGGAUCUGGCCUACCUGCGGCUCAUCACCUUCCUGGUGCCCCUCCUGGUGGCCCUCAAGAAGAAGAUGAAGAUCCCCAACAUCGCCAAGCUGCUCCCCGCCUUCUCAGGAGACAAGCUGAAGACAGAGAGAGAGUUUCCUCCUCUCAUUCUCGGGCCUGAGUUUGCCUGCAAGCACUUUACGUACAAGGAAGAUGAGUAUUUUCACCUGCACGGCGGCAUUGAAAUUGAUGUGGGAACACCACCUGUCCACGGACUUUGUGACGAAAUGGAGGAGAGUUCCGCAUACAUCCAGAGAUUUGCCGCUGAGUGUUUGAAUGAGAUGCUUUGUCAAGACCCAACAUACAAAGAACAUUUCCCCAUACCAGUGAUUGACAUUGCUGGUAAAAGCUAUCAUGUGAUCUCCAUUGAGUUGGGGUCCCUCUACCCCCAGCCCUGCCACACCCAGUGGUGGGAAGCCGUCCACAGCUCCAUCAAAGAACUCAGGAACAAACGCCUGCCGCUGACAGACAAUCAACUGCACGAGGAGUUUAAGAGGAGCUUUGGCUACAAGAAGGCUAUCCAGUGCAAGAAUGUGCCGUUGGGGCUGAGGGCUGCGGCUGAGCGCGGGCUGUCUGCGGUGUUCCAGACGCUGUGCCGUAAGAACUCGCCCCACCUGGGCACCCUUGACGAGCAGGGCUACUCGCUGCUGCACCACGCCGCCAUCCACAACCAGGCCCACAUCGUCUGCCAGAUGGCCCUGGCCGGCAUCAACCUCCACCAGGCACGCAGCCGCAGGUUCAAUCGCACAGGGAAGUCUACAACCAACUUGCAGUUGAAAGACGGAGCCGGGCUCACGGCGCUCCACCUGGCAGCCCAGUGCGGUUCCCUGGAGGUGCUGAACUGCCUGCUGGCUCUGCAGGUGGACUAUAAGGCCGUGGACCGCCGAGGCUGGAUGGCCGUGCACUUUGCAGCCUACUAUGACCACGUGGCCUGCAUACAGGCCCUGUGCAGGAAGGACCCUUCUCUGGUCCACUGUCAGACUGAUGCGGAGUACCGCAGCUCUCCGCUGUUGCUCUCGGCCAUGUCGGGUGCAGCUGAGUCUCUAAAGUACCUGCUGUCCAUCGGUGCGGACUGGAGACAGGCGGACAGCAGAGGCAACAACAUAGUGCAGUUGGCAGCGAUGUACUUCCACAUCGACGUUCUGCUGCUCCUAGUCGAUCGCAACCUGGAACACCUGCCUGUAUGGAGCAUUCUUGUAGCCAUGCUCCAGAGUGAUAACCCCAGGAGGCUGGAGAUGUCUAUUAGGUGUCUUGAGGUGCUGUCAGUGCGGGUGCCCUCCUUCUGGAAAGACAUCUUGGAAGCAGGGGGCGUCCCUCCCCUGGUGGGGCUGCUGCGCUGUGGCAAGCCCCUGCUGGAGAAGCUGGCGGCUGCCGUGGUGUGCCACGUGUCGGAGCGGCCGCAGGUGUGCGAGGUCCUGGUGAGGCACGGCGUGGUACCGGCCCUCAUCCAGCUCCUCAGCGGCCCGCUGGCCGAGCUCCACUCCCGCUGUGCCCUCAUCCUCACCGACCUGGCCGCACACAGCGACCAGUACAAGGCCCUCAUCGCACAGCUGGGUGGCAUCACUCAGCUGGUGCAGCUACUAGGUUCCAGCCUACAGGAUGUCUUGGUGAACACGGUGAGGUGUAUUCGAGCCCUGUGUGUUGGUAGCCCUGACAACCAGACCGCUGUUGCUGACUGUGGAGGGAUUCCUUAUCUGGUGGACUUCUUGAUGGUCGAUUCUGAGGCCCUGGUGGAGGAGGCGUGCCUGGCGCUGGCGGAGCUGGCCCACCGUCACCGUGACAACCAGGAGGUGAUCUGCGCGGCGGGGGCGGUGAGCCCCCUGGUGAUGAUCCUGCGCGCCCGCAGGACGGAGACGCAGGUGAAGGCGGCCCGCGCCCUGGAGGCCAUCGCCGACCACAACGCCCCCAUCCAGACACACUUCCUCAAGAGCGCCGCCGCCAAGCACCUGCUCCGCCUGCUCAAGGUGUUCCAGGUGGAGGUGCGUGAGCAGGGCGCCGUGUCCCUGUGGGCGCUGGCUGGCCAGACCUUGCGGCAGCAGAAGCAGAUGGCCGAGAGCAUCGGCUACCACUACAUUCUGGACCUCCUGCUCUCCCCCUCCGACAAGAUGCAGUGCGUUGGCUGCCAGGCGGUCAUCGCCCUGAGCCACCAGUCCUCUGGCCACCAGCUGGGCCUGCUGAAGGAGAACGUGGUACCCCCGCUCGUACGCCUGCUCCGGGGCAGCCGCACCAGAGAGAGGACACUGCUCCGCGUCAUCACCGCACUGGCCAGCCUCUGCAUUGGUGUGGCCCACACUAACAACACGGCCUGUCAGGCGGUCAUCUUUGAAGAGAAGGCCACUCCUACCCUGCUGGAGCUGCUGAAGACCCAUAACUCCCUGGAGGUCAAGGUCAGAGUUGCUCAGACUCUAGCUUGUGUAUUGCUGGGAAAUCAGGAUGUCCAGGCAGCGUUUUGGGAGCAAGAGGAAUUCUCUUAUGAAAUGGUCUUGGACCUCCUGCAACUGCCAGAGAAGAACAUACGUUUGGAGGCUGGCUACGCGCUGUCACUCUUUGCAUACAACAACAGAGCCCAGCAAGAAGCCAUACUGAAAACCGGAGGCAUUCCCAUUGCACUGUACGAGCCCCUCCUAACCUCCGAAAAUGAAAUCGAAAGGACCAAAGCUGCAUUCCAGGCCGUCGUGCUUGCGAAGGUGAUAAGAGACGCGGACCACGUGACUCUGUCUGCCAGGUGUGUCACCAUCGUCUCUGAGCAGCUGCAGUCUCACAGCCCCGAUACAGUUGUCUUAACAGCUGAGUUGCUGGCCAGCCUGGCUCACACUAGGGCAGGGAUCCCUGAUGCCAUCGUUACCAUGGGAGCUGUGGCCCACCUCUCAGCUCACCUCAACUCACCGGAGGAAGAGGUACGCACCGCAUGCGCCACCGCACUCGGCUACCUCACGUUCAACCGCCAUGCCCAUCGCCAGCUGCUGGUGGAAUGCCGGAACACUCCGUCCACCUAUGACCUACUGACCCAGCAUCUGAGUAAGGACGCCAAAAUAUCAUCGGUCUUCACCGACGAGUUCAGACGGCAGAAGACCAUAGGCCUUCCUUCAAUGAGCUUGGAGGUAAACGGGGGACCACCUGUUCUUCAGCGAAGUUCCACAGCCAUGUCCAAACGCCUGAGUGACACAACAGACGUAUUGGUGCAGAGGAAGGGCUUUGAGAGGGCCAGGUCUGCCCCAGCUCUGCAGCUCCACAGGCCGAAGAGCAAGGUGGACGCCGUCAGAGCCUCCACGUCACACGGCUCUCAACAGGCUUGGACCAGGACCAGACUGAACUCGGCCAAAAAAUGACUCUCUCUCUGCUGCUGCACAUAGUGGACUACAUGGAAGAAUGAAGGUUCUCACCCUCACCCAAAAUAAAACCCACCACAGAACUGAAGCCUGAACUAAUGCUGACUUACCACAGUGAACCUUUUCAAAAUCCAAAACCAGAUAAGAAGUGAUGACAAAACAGCCAAAGUUCUGGAAAUUUGAAUAAAUAACUGAAAUUGA